CUAGUGUGAAGAUUGAUCAGCUGAGCCAGUGUUGUUGUUACUGAGGCAGCCACCAGCAACAAGGGUUAGUAAUAAGGAUCUACCAAGGUCCUCAAUUGACACUAGUGUCAGUGGCUGCUACAUCUCUCUAUGGGCGUCAGAAGGUCCACACAGACGAGUAGUUGUGGCAUGAACACACCAGUGAGAUAACCAUCACGAGGAGGACCUGGGAAGACACAGGCAGACAAACAAGGUAGCAACAUAGGUAAACAGGGGCAGCAGAUAAAGGAGACUUGCCUAUACAUCAUGGCUCUCCUGGAAAUCGAACUUGGGUCCUUUGGGUUGGGAGCGGAACGCUGUACAGAGGUGUUGCAUCAUCACAGUGUCUUGUGUGCCAACUGUCAAGAUGAAUAGUAAUCGGAUGGUGGUAGCCCAACGAGGGGUGAUUCCACCCCCCAAACACUACGCUGACUCUGCCUGGUUUAAGUAUAUUUUAUCAUGCUGCGCAGCCACCACUGCCGAGAUGGUCACCUAUCCCUUGGACCUUGCAAAAACACGCUUGCAGAUCCAGGGAGAGAAAGGUCUGAAUGGAAGUUCUCAGCGUUCACCAUACAGAGGCCUGGCCAGUACUGGUGUUGGUAUUAUACGUGAAGAGGGCAUGCUGAGAUUAUGGCAGGGAGUUACACCAGCUGUUUACAGACAUUUGAUAUACUCAGGUACACGAAUGGUACUGUAUGAGAAAGUUCGAGAUCGCCUCUUCACGACACGAGCUGAUGGUACAAGGCCCGUCUGGCAAGCAAUAGUUGGAGGAAUCUUGGUAGGAGGCAUCGCUCAGUUCCUGGCCUCUCCGGCAGAUUUAAUCAAAGUUCAAAUGCAAAUGGAGGGAAAACGCCGCCUUGAAGGACACGCACCUCGAAUUCAUAGUGCAGGUGAGGCUUUCAUAAAAAUCUACAAUGCAGGGGGUCUUCGGGGGUUAUGGAAGGGGUGCAUGCCUAACGUCUACCGCUCAGCAUUCGUCAAUUUAGGGGAUCUUACCACGUAUGACUCUGUGAAGCGAUAUUUUGUCAACACCUGGGCCUUAUCUGACGAUUACUGGACUCAUGCCUUGUCCAGUGCGUGCUCAGGCCUGAUAGGAGCCACCAUGGGCACUCCAGUGGAUGUAGUCAAGACCAGGGUUAUGAACCAGCCCACUGACGACCGGGCCAGCGCAUGCUCAGGCUUGGUAUCGGCCGUUAUGGGCUGCCCUGCUGACGUAGUAAAGGCCAGAAUAAUGAAUCAACCAACAGAUAGCAAGAGCAGAAUUCAAGGAUCUCAAAAGAGAGGUCUGCUGUACAGAAAUUCCUUGGAUUGUUUACUGAAGACAGUUCAUAAUGAAGGUUUCUGGGCACUUUACAAGGGAUUCAUUCCAUGCUGGUUACGCAUGGGGCCUUGGUCACUUACGUUUUGGCUGACAUAUGAACAGAUCAGAAAUUUGAGUGGCACCUCUGCUUUCUAGGUGCUGCUGGUGUUUGUGAUGAAAACAUUGUGAAUGAAGAGGAGAUUGAAGAAUAACUGAUCUUCUCAUUGUCAUUGACUUUUAAAGUCAGUGACAGUAAAAAAAGUUCUUGAAAUUCCUCUUACUUCCUUUUUUUGUAAUGAAUUGGAUAUACAUUCCAGCUUCAUUCUACAGCCCAAGACAGGUUUGAGGAUGUGAAGAGGAAAAAAGAAUGCAAGAAAAAAAGUGAAGUACAAAGAAAAAGUGAAAGAAUUCAUUCAAAAAAGAUCCCAUGAGGGAAUAAGAAAAAUACAAAUGGCUUGAAGAGCAUGUUGAUAGAUCUGUCUGGAGGCUUCACUGUUUUGGCCACUGUCAGAAGGUAACUCCUGGGGUGAGCAAGGCAUGAAAGAAAUUCAUCGAUAGAAAGGAAAUCUAAUGUGCUGGUGCAGUACAGUAUAUUGUAUGAGUGAACAGCUCACAUUGAAAUAAGUAAACUGAUGAUAUUGUACAAGUUCUUUGCUCAUUAUUUUUCUGCUAUGUAAAGAAAAGUGUUGUGCAGAGUAUUGUAUUUAGAUUUCCAGAUAUUUUAUUGCUUUGAAUAAUGUUAAUUUAUGAAUUGGGUGUGUCUAUUUUAAAAUGCCUAAUUUUAUUCUCUCAAGCCUUCUUGAAUAACACAUGUAAAUCUUUGUUGAAGUAGCUAACAGUGCUAUUGUUGAUGUUCUGUAUUAAGUGAUGUCUUUGAUAACAUUACCUAGCUGUAGUUAUCAAGUCUGAGGCUACAAUACUUGUGGACCAUAUUAUUUUACUCUCGAGAGAAAUAGUUGAGAAAUUUUAUGUAUACUAUGUGGGGAUGAUGAGUUGUAUUGCAAGCUGGCUGUAUGAGAGAGAAGUUACAGUGGUACCUGUGUGUGUGUGUGUGUGCGCAUGUGUGUGUGUGUGCGCGUGUGUGUGUGUGCGCGUGUGUGCGCGUGUGCGCGUGUGUGCGUGUGUGCCUGUAGUUACUAGCACAUAUCUUAGAAUAGUAAAUGCAUUAAUAUAACCUGAUACAUAUAGCUAUUAGGCAACAAAAUUUUGACUGCAUCAGUCAGUUAUCAGCUGGGAGUCGGUUUUCUGCCAGAUCCAUUUAUUCUUCAUUGAUAUCAUCAGGCUGGUGAUGAAGAGAUCUUUCAUAUAUUUUUAAUUGGGUACCUACGUGUUGUCUAACUAGUUUAGAGUUGCUGAUUUUACUAUUAUAGUUUAUCCCACAUUGGCAUUUCUUUUCACUAGAUUAAUAAAAAGAAGUACAAUAGCAAUAUAUAAUUAUAAUGAAUUGUGUAUUUCAGGAGCCAUUAAUAGCAACUUUCAGUUGAAAUUGAGCAUAAUAUAAUUGUUAAUAAUAAAUUUUAAUUUUCUACAGUGUGGCUUCCAAAACCUAUCUUGUGUACUUUGUGUGCCCAAAUAUUCUCUAAAUCCUUUCCUGUAGUACCUAAAUUAUGUCUGAAGACAUUUUAUUCUUAGCAUUUUCUGGGUCAUAAUUUACUAUGAACUCCUUGUUCCUUCUCUGUAACUGUUUGUCCUAGUUAACCUAAAAAAUCUUGUAAUUUUUUUUCAACAUUCAAACUGGAUAAGUAAAGGUAGUUGCACAGCAAUGUAUUAAGAACAUAAGGGGACUAGCUUUUAAAAUCUUGGCAAAAAUUACUGCUGGUUACUGUUAUGGUUAAUUUUCACUGACAUUGGAAAUUUUUUGUUUAUCACAUUUUGUUGGCCAAUGAUGUAGAUGGUGCUGCUGUUUGGGGAAGCAUACUUGAAUUCACUUCCCAGGAGACAUUAGAUUAUGCUGUUGUAGAUUUAAGGAGCAUAGACAGCAUAGAACAUCGUAAAUAAGCUAUAUUUCUUGAUGCUUGGAUAUUAUAGCUUAAAACAUGUGGAAUGGGUUUCCUGUCAGCCAGAUUUCUUGGGCAAGCUUACCCAGCUCUGCAUCAAAGGUCAUGCCAAUGUAGAAAUAAACUCUUUAAGGUAAAUGUUAUUAUACCACAAUGACAUAAUGUUAAGAAAAUAGAACAUAAAUAAUUGUGCACUUUAAAUAUAUUUAAUUUUAAUAUUUAAAACCAAAUAAUUAUACUUAGAUAUAUUGAGCAAAUUUAUAAUCCAGAGAUAUAUAACUGCUCAUUUUGUGGUAUCAACAGAAGAAAAUUACAGACAUUAAUAAAGGCUGCAUAUAAUGUAGCCUAAGAUAUUGGCCUUGUGAUAAUCUCCCAACCAAUGCAAGUGUUUAGUCACUAGAACACUUACUCUGUAAGAUAGGUUGUAUUGAACUAAAUGUUAGUAUUGUGUGGAAGCCUCAAUUUCACUAGCUGUAUUAGUGUUUUGCUCCUGUUAUAAAUAUGUCUUCCCUCUGACACUUCAGUAAGCACACUGGAAUCUGAGAGAUGUGCUUAUAUUAUUGUUUUAAAAGUAGCCUUCAGUAUUUUCUCAUGGUUUUCAUUCAAAAUGAUAUUUUUACAUUUUUUAAUUCUUCAGGAAGUGCCUUCAUGCUGGUGAAGGGCUCUUAAUCUAAUGAAUUAGAGCUGCCUUCGUGAAUCAAAUCUGAUUACUCUCCACCCAUCUUAUUACCUAGGUGCUGUAUAACCUUCAUGGGUUUUAGAUCUUGCCUAUGAAUUUAAUAAUACUACAGGCUGACCUCACAUAAUGCUGGAGUUACAUUCCUGAAAUCAGUCUUAAAUAUAAUUUCAUGAUAUAUAUAUAAUGUAGGGGGGAAAUAGAGUUAGGUUCAUGGCACCUCCAGAAAAAAAAAUAGAAAUUUUUUAAGUGUUCAUUUCAUAAAAAAUAAUGAAGGUUUUAACAAAAUACAUUGUGGAUAUUGUUUCCUUUUCAUCAAGAAAUGUACAUUAUGUACUCUAAAUAAAAACUAAAACUUAAUAAGGCCCAUAGGAUGCUGGUGUUUGACACAUUGUAAUAUCUGUUCCUUCCAAAGUUAAUGGGCAUGGCACUCCUGCCAGUGAAGAUGGAGAAGUCUAAUGUGCCACAAGUUACUGUUAUAAAUUUAAUAUAAAAUCUUUCAGUAUUAAAUAUUCCUAAGAAGUAAUAAGAGUUUUACCCUACCUUAAAUUCUUUAUUUCUCUUGCUUCUUUAUGUAGAAGUGUGUGGAGAUGGUUGUGUAGCUUAUUGUGUAGUAGAUGGCUGUGGGUCGCAAAUGACUCGACUUACAUCUUAUCGCCUGACACCGUUGCUCGGUUCACUGUAUAAUUUUCUCGUAUGUACUGACAAGGAAGAAUUUGAUCAUACUUUAAAUUCGUUGUUAUAUUGCUUGAUGCAGUGUUUGGAGAUGUUUAUGCAGGCAGUAAGUGCUAGAUGGCUGUGAGCCAUCUGUUUUAUGUUUUAUCAGAUGAUGUCAUUGAGUCAGCUGACAUCAGAUAAUUCUCUAUACAAUUCUUUUCAUUUAUAAUAGUUACAUGGAAGUUUUUAUCUUACCUUUAAUUCCUUAUUCUCUUGCAUGUUGAUGUAGAUAUCUUUGGAGAUUCUGUAUGGCUUAUUUGUGCAGUAGACUAAUGGGUGGUCUCUCUUGUUAGUUGACACUGCCCAUUUCAUCAUAUGACACCAUCACACAUUUUACUACACAAUUUUCUCAUUUAUAAUGGAAACAAUAAAGAAUUUUUUCCUUCCUUAAUUUCCUUGUUCUCUUCCUUGUUGAUAAAUAGGUGUUUGGAGAUAUUUAUGACUACUGAGUUAGCAACGACCUUUCCCCAGGUUAUAUAAAUAACUGAACAGAAAAUUUUUCAUGCCCGAGCCACUUUUUUAAAACUUUUACAGUAUGUAAAACUUCAUUUUAAUAGUGUGAAUAUAAAAAAUGAAUAGCAUUGUAACAAAAACAUGCUGUGUAAGCUUUCACCAUGAGAGGUCUGUGUGUAGCACAUUUUCUUAAGUUUGUGGUGCACGUCUUUACUCGUAUAAGUACAAGCUUCCCCCUAUUUUGACAGCUAUAUUAACAUGACAUUGUUUAAUGUUAGAUGACUGGCUAAUUAGGUAACAGUGAAGCUCUGCUGACUGGCCUAGUAAGUGCCUUAGGUAUCACCAGGCUCCCUACCAAACUUGUCAUACCUUUAUGUACCCCUAUUAAGGUGAUAAGAUCAAUAAUAGAACACUUAACAUCAUCUGAUAAACUUGAACCAAACAUAAAAUACAUAAUGCUAACUAACGAUUAUACAUGUAUGUAGUUUUCAAACUAGGCUGAGUAUCUUUUGGUUAUUCUUUCCUAAUGAAUAUAGUAAUUACCAGACUGCCAUCCACACCUUUCGGGCUCACGAUGGAUGUAGUGAUCCUAGAAACAUGCAGGCUUCAGAUGACAUCAGAACCUGAGAGAUAGCAAGCCACUUCCGUCUAGUUUAACUGUAUAUUGAUAGAACCCAGCCUCAACAUCAACUGUUCUUUUCCAUCAUAUUGUGGUGGGAUCUUGUAUAUUUGCAUCGUCCUGUACCUGUAGUUGGGGCAUAUACCCAGCACCUUGAUCAUUCCUCUCUCUGACCUACUUUACAGCUUCUUCCAUUUGCACCUCUCUGAGGCAGCAUCCUCUACCACUGGGUCACUCUGUCAUAUUGCUGUCUCCCUGUAGUCAAUUCUAUGGGUGACUAUCUUGCAGGGGCAUGUUAAGGUACUAAAGGAGAACAUUGGAGACUGUCAGUCAGCAAGUUACCUUCUCUCUUGGUACUAUUACAGAUUAUCUUAUUGGCCAUGUGACCUGCAGCAUUUGCCUGCCCAUACAGAGUAGUGGGUGGAUGACAAUCUUGUAGUAACACUCAACUGCUUGAUAAAUUUCAGAAUUACAGCACUAGAGAGGUUGUUACGUCCAUUUGUGGACCCCUCCUUUGGAGCCCUACCUGGUGAAGCAACCUCUUGAUUUCAAGAUGAAGUUGGUUGAUGAGGCACCAUUGGGCAUACAGAACAUCCCCCACUCAGCAUGUCACUCUAUUUACUUUAGUUAUAUACAGCUGGGUCUCAACCUGGAACAGGUCUGCCACUGCUUGUUGGAAUGAGUAUUCCAUAGGUGGAGUGUAGAACAGGACACCUAGUGCUGGGAGCAUGCAAUUCACAAAUCUUACAUACUUAAUGGUGCUACAGAUCAGUUUCUGGUCCUUUCAGAAAACUGCCUGAUGGGCUCUGCAUACCAUAGAGUAUUCCUUGGCAGCUGGCAUGCAGGUUGGCUACUUCCUGGUGCUUUAGUGGGAAAUCAGGUGCACACACCAUUGUUUACAUGUGUCACCAGCUUAUCUGAAAUUGUCAACAAUUUCAUUUUGUGCAUGGCUUGAGAUGGAACUGACUUGACCAUCAGGCUUCUUCUCUGUCCUAAUUGUUUAUUAGCAGUUGAUAUUCAGACUCGGCAGCUGCUGCACUCAUCGCCAUAUCCUGGUUCAAUACUAACCCAUCUUCCACUGCAAGAGCUUAUAUAGUGGCCACCACUGGUUUGUCAUCUUGCUGUCUGGGGGAACUUCCAACACAGAAUAAUAGUACAGGCCCCCACUUAUACAGUAAAGCAAAAAUCACUGUAAAGUGAAACAUGGUCUUUUUUCACUUUCAAGUGCAUAUAAAAGCUUACCCUAUUGUAUAUUAAGUAAGCAAUAGAGCUAGGCCUAAAAAAUAUGUAUACAGUACACACAUUAUUUAUCUUAAAAUAUUUUUGUCCUUAGCUUAUAGUGAGUGGUGAAUAUAUUUAUUGUAGGAAGUCUGAAUAAAUGAAGAAUAGGUAUCACUGAAAACUGCAGUAUUAGCAAAAUGCUGUAAAGUGGGGCCCUCCUGUAUAGGUUGUCCACGGUUCUUUUUCCCAUGAUGGUAUUUAACAUGGAAGUGAUACUGCAGUGCCUUUAAGCAAGACAGCCUAGUGUUUGCGGUCACUCGAUACCUUAUCCCCAGUUGCUUUGAACAGAAGGCUGUGGUCAGUCACUAAGGUGAAGUUUGGAUAUCCAAGUUGGAAUAAGUGGGCUUUCUUUAAGCACCACAGUACUGCAGGUGUGUCUUCCUCUUCUGUGGCAUAACUGGCAUCAACUGACUUCAGAAGGUGGUUCUCACACAGGGUAAGCCACCUUGGUGGCAAAACUGAAUGGUUUUGCAGGACUGUGAACCUUGUGACCUCUAUCCCUGUCACUGAUCACUGAUUUUAGUUAGGAUUAAUCAUAAUAUACUAGCUCAUUCUUUGCUAUCUGACAGAUGUCUUUAAUCACCUACAGUGACCAUUAACCCUUAAACUGUCCAAACAUAGAUCUGUGUUUGUACUGCUAGCGCUCCGAACGUAGAUCUACGUUUUAUUUUACAUGCUUUCAAACGUAAAAAAAAAGCGUAGAUCUACGUUCGGAGCACUAGCGGUGAAAACGUAGAUCUAUGUUUGGACAGUAAGGGUUGAGCAUGGGAGGUUAUUCAUGGUGCCAUGCUCUCCUGCCACACCACAUUAAAUGGUAUUUUUGGUAUGGGGAGGCUGGGCCUCCAUCCUAUGGCACCUUGCUAUAUGGCCUUUAAUGCCAUAGAUGUAUCACACCAUAGCUUUUCAAAAUGGCUCCUACACCUGUGUCUGGCAGGGCAUUGCUUGCUGCUACAAACCCACUGUUAUUCAUGUUUCAUUUACAGAUUCAUAUGCACAACACUGAUUUUGAAUAGAUUUUCCAAUAUUCUUUUUAUCUCAAUCUAUAAAAAAUUUCUUGCCUCAAAGAUGAAUAAGCAGGUAACACAGUCAGUUUUUUUUUUUUUUUGAUGUCAUUUCUGUGUCUACACUAUACAGAGAGAGAGCUGAUGGGUCAGGUGCCUCAGGCAUCACGAGACACCCAACCAAACUGUUGUACCCCAAUAAUUCUGUCUUUCUCUGGGAAAGUGAAAGAGGUAGCAAGCUAACAAGCAGAUAAAACAUCACAUUAGGCUUGUUACAAUGUUUUGCUGAAGGGAAGCUGAUGUGAUGAAGUUUCCCUUCUGGGGAAAACUUGGUUAUAAUAAAUGUUUAUGCUAUUUCUUGUAUCUGUCGUCCUGUCUCCUCUUUCUACUACUAUUUAAAAAUAUUUUUCUUUAUUUUUUAACCUUUGUCCUCUUUUUCUGGGAGAAAGCAGAGGUGAUGUGUUUAGGGUACAGAGAAGACUAAUUCAAUGCUUUGUUUUGGUUUUGGAAAAUGCUCUUUUCAAAGAGGCUCUAUUGGGUAAACUAAUUUCUCACUGAACCCAUUUCGGAAUUAAAAGUGGUUCCAUUAAAAAGAAUCAGCACUAAAUUGGAUGAGUUUUCAUCCCAAAAAUGUGUGUGAAAUAUUUUACCUUGCACAAUAGAUACUACUCUAUUGAACUUUAUAAGACUGUCCCAUAAAGGAAGGUCCCUUGCUGCAUUGAAAAGGCUCUUGACCUAAUAAACUGAACCAACCUUUUUACCUUUCCAUAUUCACACACUAUUGUCUUCCCUUAAUUUACCUUCCCUUUACAUUCACUCUGCGUCUUGCUUCUCUCCUUCCUUGUGAAAUCUCGACAAUUCAUGUUUGCUCUUCUCCACUUCGAUGCGCAAAAGCUCACUUGCCUGUUGUAAAUUUAUGCUUGCUCUUUACAGAACAUUUCCAUUCUCAUUCUCAUACUACUGCAGUGUACACUGAUGGUUCUAAAUCCCUCGAUGUUGGGUAUCCAGCAUUUUUUCCUGAAAAAAUAAUCAAUGUUCAUAUGCUAGAAUCAGCCAGAGUUUUCACAGCAGAGUUAUGUGCAAUUUUUAUUGCUGUCGUAUACAUUGCAUUUAUGUUCACCUUGCCCUUCAUAGUUCCUUUUGACUCCCACAGUGUAUUACAGGCUAUUCAAAAAUGUGAUUCCUUUCAUCCUUUCUAUAAAACUUUAAUUGAUUAUGUCUCAUUUUUAGGGGUCCCUAGGCACAUCAAUGUUUGUAGCAACAAACAGACUAAGCCUCUCAGUCAGCUGUUCAUAACCACCCAAUUUGCCCUAGGCAUUCCUUUCUUGGAUUAUUUUCGGUGAUCUCUCAACAACUCUGCAACCUCUGUCAACUUUGGUUCAUCAGACCAUGUUAAGGAUUCUAGCCAUCUUUCUACUAAUGUCAUGAUUGGGAGAUUGCAGUCUCCCACUUAUGUGCUGGCCACUUGUGACUUACUCGUAUGAUUAUUUUAUUUUUUAUUUAUUUCAUUAACACAUUGGCUGUUUUCCGCUACUGCGGGGUGGCCUGAAAAAGAAAACUUUCAUCAUUCACUCCAUCACUGUCUUGCUAGAGAUGCGCUUACACUACAGUUAUAAAACUCCAACAUUAACACCACUCCUUCAGAGUGCAGACACUGUACUUCCCAUCUCCAGAACUCAAGUCCUGCCUGCCAGUGUCCCUGAAUCCCUUCAUAAAUGUUACCCUGCUCACACUCCAAACAACUGAUUUACUCCACAAACUCUGAUGAUGAUACCUUUAGCACUCCCCUCAGCCCGUUCUACCUCAAUCUCUUGCUACCCUCUACCCCCGCACUAUCCACUGCCCCGCUGUUCUCCGUACCCUACUAAUCAUCCCUCUCCCUUUUGCCAGCCGAUACCCUCGCUUCCUUCCCUGCCCUGCAGUGCUGUAUAGCCCUUGUGGUUUACCGCUUUUUGAUUAUAAUAAUAAUGCUCACACUCCAACAGCACAUCAUGUCCUAAAAACCAUUUGUCUCCAUUCACUCCUAUCACACACUCAUGCAUGCUUGCUUGAAGUCCAAGCCCCUCACACACGAAGCCUCCUUUACCCCCUCCCUUUAACUUUUCCUAGGCCAACCCCUGCCCCACCUUCCCUCCACUACAGAUUUAUACACUCGAAGUCAUUCUGUUUUGUUCCAUCUUCUCUACAUGUCCAAACCACCUCAAUAACCUUUCCUCAGCCCUCUGAAUAAUAGUUUUGGUAAUCUCGCACCUCCUCCUAAUUUCCAAAGUACGAAUUCUCUGCAUUAUAUUCACGCCACACACUGCCCUCAGACAUGACAUCUCCACUGCCUCCACCCUUCUUCUUGUUACAACAUUCACCACCCAUGCUUUAUACCCAUAUAAGAGUGUUGGUAUAACUAUACUCUCAUACAUUUCCCUCUUUGCUUCCAUGGACUAAGUUCUUUGUCUCCACAGACUCCUCAGUGCACCACUCACCCUUUUCCCCUCAUCAGUUCUAUGAUCCAGGUUGCACUUUCAGUUCUCCGUAUCUUCUAUUAGCAAGCAUGCAGAAUUCACUUCCUAUGUCCCUGCCUUCCCAACACACUCACUGACCUCAAUGAAAUUUCACCUUUAAUUCAGACUCUGACUUUUUUACAGAAACUAGCCUGUUGUACCAACUUCGAUGUAGAUUGUACUCUUAUACUCUCCACUACUCCCACUGACCCCUAAUUUUUUUAACCUGUCCCGCACUCUCUCCUAGCCUUGGCACAUUACUACUUUUGCCCACCUUCCCUGCAGCUCUAUAAUGACCCUUUCGGAUGUGAUGCUUAAAUUAUUAUUCAAAGGGCUGCAGAUGGGUUGGACACCUAGAGCAGAUAGAGCAAAAUAAGAUGACUAGGAGUGCAUAUAAAUCUGGGGUAGAGGGAAGGAGGGGUAGGGGAUGUUAUGGGAAAGGAUUAGGGAGAUUUUAAGUGCUAAAGGCUUGCAUCCAACAGGCUUGUGUGAGUGUGUUGGCUUGCAUCCAACAGGCUUGUGUGAGUGUGUUGGCUUGCAUCCAACAGGCUUGUGUGAGUGUGUUGGCUUGCAUCAACAGGCUUGUGUGAGUAUGUGGCUUGCAUCCAACAGGCUUGUGUGAGUAUGUUGGCUUGCAUCCAACAGGCUUGUGUGAGUGUGUUGGCUUGCAUCCAACAGGCUUGUGUGAGUGUGUUAGGAGUGAGUGGAGGCAAGUGGUUUUUAUGAUGUGCUGUUUGAGUGUGAGCAGGGUAGCAUGAAGAGAUUUAGGGAAACCAGUUAGCCAGACUUGAGUCCUGGAGGUAGGAAGUUGAGUAAAUGUACUCUGAAAGAGGAUGAAGAUGCCAGUAUGCUUCUCGCUAGAAAGUGAUUGAAUGACUGUGAAUGUGUUUCUUCUUGCAGGUCACCCUAGCUCAGUGGAAAAUGGCCAAUGUGUUAAUAAUAAUAAUAAUACUAACCCCUCAUCAUUUGUUCUGGAAAAGGUUAGAAUUGUGACCUUCACUGAGAUCAGUUAGUCUGCUCAACCCUCUCACCAUAUCUUAAACACCAGUGUUCUUACAUACCAGCUUCACAGACUCAUACUCUCUCAUGAAUAGAUACCUCCAUUCUUCCACAAUAAAUUGUCUGCAGAACAGUGAUUAUUUCCCUACUUCUUGUUAUUAUUCUUACCCUUCUUGCUGAUCUUGGUGGUAGUUCAUUGUAUCAAGCCUGACUGCCCCAUUUUCUCAGGUGCUGUAUGACUAUGGGCCUAAUGAUUCCCCCUAAAUGUAACGAUAAUUGUAAAAUGUGAGCCAGUCGGAGAUACACACUCAAUGUACAGUUGCCUCUUGGCAAGUUUUUAAUGGUAAUUUAAUUACAAAUAUUUUUUUCUGGAUAUAGACUCAAGUCACUGUGACAAGGCAUAUUAAGAUUGAAGAAGGCAAAUAAUUGAGGCUUCCAUACAUUUCUUAAAUUACCAAAUAGAUAUUUCUUGUAUAUGGUCCAGAUGUGCAUCAGCAAAGAUCAAGGUUUUCUUUAGAAGGUAAGAAGUGUCUCUAUAGUUUCUCUCUCUCACUCAGGUGCCAUAAAAUAUUUAUAUGUUCUGUUAAUCCAAAAAUAUUUUUUAAUUGUAAUAAACCUAUUCUGAUAUAUGUACACUAAUUUCAGACUGCUGAUAAGAAUUCUUAUAUCAAAGAGAUAAAUAGUUUUAAUCAUGGUAAUACAUAUACAUGAAUAAUUAAACCAAAUUAUUUUAAUUAUAGUAUCUUUUUAAAGAUUCACACAGUUAUGUAUUGUGUAAUUGAGUAGAACAAUGGAGGCUCUGUCUUCCUUCUGAGGACUAAACUCCCACCUUUCUUGACAAGAAUCAUGUAUAUGACCUGCUGACAAUGUUAGGUUGUUUAGAAAGAUUUCCAGAGUACCCUGUACAAGCUGUGAAACUGGCUGCCAGGGUGCUCCUGGUAACUGGAUCUUCUGUGGUUUUGAUGAUCGGAUUUGUUGUGGUUUUGACGAUGGUCUGGCGUAGUCUUCAAACCCACGUAGAAUGUCAUCUCGACCACCUGGUCCAGGUGGUCUUGACUAAUAGGUCUGGAGUGGUUUGAAGUGGUGUUGAUGACCAGUUGUGAUGUGGAAUUGACAACUGGGUCUGGUAUGAUUUUGAUGACUAGGUUUGGUGUGAUUUUUUGUGAAUAAGUCUGGUGUGGCCUUGCUGAAUGAGUCUGAUGUGGCCUUCAUGAAUGAGUCUGAUCUGGCCUUCAUGAAUGAGUCUGAUGUGGCCUUCAUGAAUGAGUCUGAUGUGGCCUUCAUGAAUGAGUCUGAUGUGGCCUUCAUGAAAGAGUCUGACUGGCCUUCAUGAAUGAGUCUGAUGUGGCCUUCAUGAAUGAGUCUGAUCUGGCCUUCAUGAAUGAGUCUGAUCUGGCCUUCAUGAAUGAGUCUGAUGUGGCCUUCAUGAAUGAGUCUGAUCUGGCCUUCAUGAAUGAGUCUGAUCUGGCCUUCAUGAAUGAGUCUGAUGUGGCCUUCAUGAAUGAGUCUGAUGUGGUUUUUGACAACUGUCUUUCUUCCAGUUUUGAUGACUGGGUCUCUUGUCAUCUUGACAACUGAUCUCUUAUGGUCUUAACCAGGUAUGGGGUGGUCUUGACAGUUAGGUCUUGUGUGGUCUUGAUAAGAUAAGAUAAGAUAAGAUAAGAUUUCGUUCGGAUUUUUAACCCCGGAGGGUUAGCCACCCAGGAUAACCCAAGAAAGUCAGUGCGUCAUUGAGGACUGUCUAACUUAUUUCCAUUGGGGUCCUUUAUCUUGUCCCCCAGGAUGCGACCCACACCAGUCGACUAACACCCAGGUACCCAUUUGCUGCUAGGUGAACAGGACAACAGGUGUAAGGAAACGUGUCGAAAUGUUUCCACCCGCCGGGAAUCGAACCCGGGCCCUCCGUGUGUGAAGCGGGAGCUUUAGCCACCAGGCCACCGGGCCAGGUUUGAUGUGGUCAUGAUUACCAGGCCUGGUAUGACUUGAUGAGGCCUAGUGAGGUCAUGACAACCUGGUGUGGUGAGGUUUUGAUGAUGUCUGGUGUGGGCUUGGUGGCCAGUCCUGUGUGGUAUUGACCAUGAUUGCAUUGAUCUCAAGGCAAUCUAAUCUUUCCACUUCUUCUGCUGUAUCAAUACCUCAAUGAAAUUUAUAUGCAAGAUUUUCAGUAAUUUGUGUUUACGUAUAUGAAGUUAGUUCCUUAAUAUUUUAUUGAUAUAUGUUCAUCUUCUCACCCUUGUAAGUCAAAACUUCCACUUCAUCACAGUAGACAGCAUAAGUGAUAACAUACAAGUGAUUUGUGUAGUAAAUACUUCAUGAGAUACUUUUAUUUUCAAAAGUACAGUGGACCCCCGCAUACGAUCACCUCUGAAUGCGACCAAUUAUGUAAGUGUAUUUAUGUAAGUGCGUUUGUACGUGUAUGUUUGGGGGUCUGAAAUGGACUAAUCUACUUCACAAUAUUCCUUAUGGGAACAAAUUCGGUCAGUACUGGCACCUGAACAUACUUCUGGAGUGAAAAAAUAUCGUUAACCGGGGGUCCACUGUAUUAUUAAACAAGGUACCUAAUCUGCAUUUUAAUUUUCACUGCAUUUUAAUUUUCCUAAUUCACUAGUUCUUGUUUUUGUACCAAUAUGGAUUGACAGCAACUCAAACAUUAUGUUGCUAUACUUUAUUAAAGUGUUACAUACUGUCUAAAUUCCUGAAGUACGAAAUGUAGAACCCACUAAAUGGUUAGAAGUUUCCCGACUGUUCAUUACAUACAGUAACAGGAUUCCUAGUAAAUUAUUGCUAAUAGAAAUUUGCUAAUACUGCUUUGUGUAAAAUCUAUUUUAUAGAUUUUACAAGUUCUUACAAGCAAACGAGAAAGCAGAUGGUGGCGCAAGUUUUCGCCUGUGUUCCAAGACAUUUUAAAAGUGAUGAUCAUUUAUACAGAGGUAUAUACCUUGUGAAAUUAAAUGCUUCCAUACACAGCACUACAAAAUAAAAUAUGCCUCACAACCAGCUGAAGUGUAAAGAAAUAGUGUAGUGAUAUACAUUGUCAUCUCAAUGUAUAGGUGUUUGUCAAUAAACUGAUGCAAGAGCAAGUAGUAAGCCACCUAUCAUGACAUUGUCAUUGGCAACAUAGUUAUCACUGCAUACCUCAACUGCAGCAUAAAGUCUUAAUUUUGUUAAAUAUUGUCAGCCUCAUUAGGAUUUUUCCAUUACUGGUAAAUAAUUCAUGUGCCAGUUAGGGACGAAGUGUAAUAUGUGAAAAGUCUACAUUUUGUUUACAGUAGUAGAUUGUGAAUACUGGAAAUGAAUAUUGUGAAGAGAGAUUGUAACAAUACUAGGACAGGACUGGUAAACCAGUGCCAGGAUUUUCUUUACCCGUCCAGUAUAUGAAUAUGGUUGUUUUAUUUAAUAAAUCAUUUCCCACCAAAGUUGAGUUGAACAAGAAAGGAGAUACAUUCACCAACAAUUAUUGAAUAACUCUCUUGCUAUAUGUGUGCAGACAUGAUAAUUCCAAUGACCUGUUCUUCAGAAUGCAGGUCCUAUGCUUCCCACCUCCGGAACUUAAGCUCGGAAAACUGGUUUUCUUGAAUUCCUUCAUAAAUGUUAUUUUGAUCACACUCCAACAGCACUUCUAGCCAUGAAAACCACUUGUCUCCACUCCAGUCUAAAAGGCAAGUGUACACAUACACACACAUACAAAUAUAUACAUACACACCCACACAUAGAUAAGAGUAAGGUGAUGAGGGUAUCAAACGAUUUAAAUAAAGAAAAAUUGGAUAUCACAUGGAGGAGAGGGAGUAUGGAAAAAGUGAAUGUUUUCAGAUAUUCGAGAGUUGACGUGUCAGUGGAUGGGUUUAUGAAAGAUGGCGACAACCAUAGAAUUGAUAAAAGAAAAUAGUUGAGUGGUGCAUUGAGGUAUCUGUGGAGACAAAAAACGUUGCCCAUGGAGGCAAAGAAGGGAAUGUACGAAAGUACAUUUCAACACUCUUAUAUGGGUGUGAAGCUUGGGUUGUAAAUACUGUGGCGAGGAGGCGGCUGGAGGCAGUGGAGAUGUAAUGUCUAAGGGCAGAGAAUUUGGAGUGUGGAAAUUAGGAGGAGGUGUGAAGCUGCUAAAAGUAUUAGUCAGAGGGCUGAAGAGGGGUUGUUGAGAUCGUUUGGUAAUUUAGAAAGAAUGGAACAAGUAGAAUGACUUGGAGAGCAUAUAAAUCUGUGGGGGAAGGAAGGCAGGGUAGGGGUCAUCCUUGAAAAGGUUGGAGGGAGAGGGUAAAGGAGGUUUUGUGAGUGAGGAACUUGGGCUUCCAGAAAGCAUGCUUGAGUGUGUUAGACAGGAGCGAAUGGAAACGAAUGGUUUUUGGCACCUGACGAUCUGUUGGAGUGUAAGCAUUGUAAUAUUUUGUGAAGGGAUUCGGGGAAACAGGUUAGCCGGACUUGAGUCCUGGAAAUGGGAAGUACAAUGCCUGCACUUUAAAGGAGGGGUUUGGGAUAUUUGCAGUUUGGAGGGACUUCUAAACUGUUGUAUCUGAGCACCUCUGCAAAGACAGUGAUUAUGUAUGAAUGAUGGUGAAAGUGUUGAAUGAUGAUGAAGGUAUUUUUCCUUCUUUUUGGGUUUUUCUUUCUUUUUGGGUCACCCUGCCUUGGUGAGAAAUGACCAACGUGUUAAAAAAAAUACAUACAUUCAUAUAUACACACACAAACACACAUACACAAACACAUACACAUGCACACAAACACAUAUACACACACAAGCACACAUAUACAUAGGAGCUAUGACUCGACCCCUGCAACCACAAAUAGGCAAGUACACACAAACACAUUUGAUUAAUGUGGGUUUGCCAGUGUUGUCCUGGCCCGGGUCUUUUCCAGUUAGUGACCCGGCAACAUACACACUGGAGACAGGAGGGAUAGGGAGGACAUGAUAACGACAUAUAAAAUACCGAAAGGAAUUGACAAGUUGAAGAGAGACGGGAUGUUUCAGACAUAGGAGACAGCAACAAGGGGUCACAUUUGGAAGUUAAAGACUAAGAUGAGUCAGAGGGAUGUUAGGAGGUAUUUCUUCAGUCUGGAAAGUGAGGUAGUGGAGGCAGGAUCCAUACAUAGCUUUAAGAAGAGGUAUGAUACAGCUCAUGGAGCAGGGAGAGAGAGGACCUAGUAGCGACCAGUGAAGAGACAGGGCCAGGAGCUAUAACUCGACCCCUGCAGCCACAGUUAGGUGAGUACGUACGUACACACACACAUUUCCUCUGUACUUCUCCAAUCUGAUAUCCAGUCUAUCAUUAUCAAGACAUUUUUGUUACUGUAAUUGCCUUGCUCUUUCCUAUAUUCACUUAUAAUUUCCUUAUACAGUGGACCCCCGGUUAACGAUAUUUUUUCACUCCAGAAGUAUGUUCAGGUGCCAGUACUGACCGAAUUUGUUCCCAUAAGGAAUAUUGUGAAGUAGAUUAGUCCAUUUCAGACCCCCAAACAUACACGUACAAACGCACUUACAUAAAUACACUUACAUAAUUGGUCGCAUUCGGAGGUGAUCGUUAUGCGGGGGUCCACUGUAUUACACAUCUUCCAGAAUUCCUCCAUCAUCCUUUGCAACUUCUCUUCAGAAUUUUCCCAUAGAACUGUGUCACUGGCAGAGAGCAACUGUGACAAUUCCACUUUGUAUCAGAUUCAUUAUCUUUUAAUCUAACACCAUGACAUUCAUUUACUUUAGAACUCAGUUAUAAAUGUGUUAAACAUUCACGUGUAAGGUCAACUUUCAUAAGAAAAUGGUGCCCUUAUCUCCCACAUACCCUAACCUGAGCUUCAUGCUGCAUAAAAACUAUUACUACUAGUAACCUAACUUUUCCAUACAUUUGUACUAUCCAUCCUAUCAUAUGCCUUUUCUAAAUUCCUAAAUAUGACAAACAGUUCCUUAUCUUUAAGUACUGUUUACUUGUAAUCUUUGAUGUAAUCACUGUGCGCAUCCUCUGUCCUUCCUAAAUCCUUAUUCCUCUGCAGUCCCAUUUCCUGUCUUGUUCCUAGCACUUUCAAUAAUUAUUCAUCCAUGCACUUAUCCACUAUACUCAACUGACUUAUUUUCUUUAUUUCCCCUUUUCCCCUUAUACAAAGGAAUCUUUCCUUCAUGCAAAUAUAUAUUGAAAAAUAAACCAACACUGCUUUACCCACUUGUUUCUUACUUCCACUACAUUUGCCUCUGGCUCUUCCUACAAGAUAUUCCUCCAUACUCAGUGCACGAAAUUGCUCCAUCCCUGUCAUCAUCAGCAUUUAACAAUUCAAAAUAUUCUCUCAGUUUUUUAGUACUUCCACUUCAAAGCCAUUUUUUCCUAGGGUUUCUCAACUUUAUACUAAUUGCUCUUCAUAGCUCUUUCAUAUUCUCAGCAGAAUCUGCUGGUAAACAUUCACCAGUAACUUUUUUUCACUAUUAAUUUAACCUCUUUCUCUCUCCUUAUACUUUGUCUUAUGUGUAUCAGUUUUACAUUGUAAAAACCCACUUUUAUUUUAUUUUUUCCCUAUUACCACACCCUUUGGCUCGUCAUUCCACCCUCUUACCACCACAAUUUUCUGCUGUUCACACUAUCACUGCAUUUUUUAUUUGUCCCAUACCUCUUUGACCUCCUCAUUACCUUUAUUUUCUAAAACCCACCUUUCUUCUAAUGGAUGAUUAUAUCUUCUGCUAAUUGUCUCCUGUAGUUCAUUCACUUCUCUUACUGUCACUAAUGCCAUUCACCUUGUGCUCCUUCUUCCUUUUCCUAUUAUUAUUGCUUCAACUGAAUAAUGAUCUCAAAUAUCAGUUGCUCCUUUUAAAAUAAAUUACAUCCAAAAGCCUACCUAUCCACUUUUGUCUACCAAAACAUAAUCUGUCAAACUACUGUCGCUGAGCACUAUCAUGUCAUGUGUACUCAUGCCUUUCCGUGUGCUAUUCACUGAAAAUGGUGAGAGCCUAAAACAUAUUGCCAGAUAAUGAGUUACCAAACCUUGUUUUAUACACAAUUCAGUUAGACUGCCCCCUUAUCAUUUACCGCUUUCAUUCCAACUGCAUGACCCUUGUUGGUUUAGCCGUUUAUUUGAUUAUAAUAAUGUUUCACUCUAAACUUACCUUUUAUGACAUCUACCAUAGUCCCUCCACCUGUAGCAGUUUGGUCCCCCAGAACAAUUAUUCUUUAACUUCAAAACCCAUUAAACAUUCACACAUCACCUCAAAAAUAAUUGUUUUCUCUAUUUUUACACUUGUCUCACCUGCCCCAGAUGCAUAAACACUUUCUUUUAACUCAUUUCUCACAUCCCACUUUUAUUCUGAUUUACAUAGUUCUUGAAUUUAAACACUUAAGUCUCUUCAUUCCUUUCCAGAGUUAAUUAUUUAAUACAGUGGACCCCCGGUUUACGAUCAGCUCCCAAUGCGACCAAUUAUGUAAGUGUAUUUAUGUAAGUGCGUUUGUAUGUGUAUGUUUGGGGGUCUGAAAUGGACUAAUCUAAUUCACAAUAUUCCUUAGGGGAACAAAUUCGGUCAGUAUUGGCACCUGGACAUACUUCUGGAAUGAAAUAAUAUUGUAAACCGGGAGUCCACUGUACUACCACUGUUUACAGGUAUCCUUCAAUUUGUGAUAAAUGUGUUCCUGGCUGAUGAUGCAUAAAGUGAAAUAGCAUAUAAUGAACCCAUUAUAAUGUGUAAUAGAUAGGGAUUUUUUUCUCAGACUUGGGAAAUUCAACAUUUUCCUCAUUUUUUUACCAAAUGCUUUCAUACUUUGCGAAUGUUCAUUUCAUGCAUAUAUGAAGACCUAACAUUUUUGGGGGUAAAAGACUGAUCAAGAAUUAUAGAUUUAUUAUUUGAGUUGAGUUAGAACAUGAGGUAGUGGCUUGCUGGAGGAGGAGUGGAGAGUUGUUGAUGAGGCAUGGUGGUGGGUGAGAAGCGUUUAAGCCAUGGCAGGAGGCCCCAGUCCUGGCCCAGGGAUAGGACAGGGAGGGGGUGUUGACUGGGACCCCAGGAGGAUGACCUUUCCUGAACUGGUGGCCAUGUCACUCACUGCCUCCUUCAUUCCCUGCCCCCUUCAUUCCCUGCCCCCUUCACUUCUUGCCUCCCUCAGUGUUAGUAAGGGUGGGGAAGGUUGGGCUCAUGUGUCCUGGACAUGUAAAGUGGGUGAGGUGCAUGUCAUGAUACAAGGAGCAUCCCUUACCACUGCCUUUAACACACAUGUUUUUAGAGUGAUAGUUAAUGCAAUAUUGAUUAAAUAUCAAGUGGUUCUGUGCUCGAGUGAUUGCAUACGAGUGAAAAAGUAGGCAUAGAGAUUACAUAUAUUUAUGAUUAUCAUUACUAACAAAUAGUGCAAUGAGAGAAUAAUUUAUUUCAUACAAACUGGGAACAAUAUUUUGUAAAAGUCACAAUACUUUUAUAUGAAUUUAAUAAGUUUGCCACUCAGAAUUCCCAUAGGCAUGAGAAAGAAGUUUUCCCCAAAAUUGUCAACAGUGGACACUAAAAAGUUCACCAGCCCUGUUGUUUUAAAUUUUAAUGUGUAAAACAAACACUUUAAUUUACUUCUUUAUUUUCCUUUAGUGUACCAGAUGUGAACCCUCAUUUUCCCUCCUUCCUCCUUCCUAAACUGUUGAAAUGAGUCAUGUAAAGCAGGCAACUAUGGUAGUUAAUAUUAUGGAAGUAGUUCAUCAUGUGUGACAGGAAUUUACUAUGUAUUGCCAAACAGUAUCACAGUUGUGCUCAUAUAUGAAUACCUUUUUAUCCUUUUGUAGUAGCUUAGAUUUAACCAGACCUAAUAACAUCACAUUAUAUUUUAUGGUCUCCAUUUUUUUAAACGAAUGAUUUUAUAUGAGCUAAACUUAAAACUAUAGUUUUCUAAGAUUUAUAUUUGACAGCUCAUGUAAGUGAGUUUUAAAGAAGAGCUUAUAUUUUGCAGCCAAGAAAAAAGUUGUGAUCACAAGCAGAAGACUUGUACAGUCUAAGGAAUAAAGCUAACAGUGAUAUGUCAUCCUUUAAAUCCUUACUACAAAGAUGCAUGAAUCCAUAUAUGUGAAAAUUAUUACUGAGAAUAUUUAAAAGGUAAAAUAUUGGUGUCUAUUGUAACUGUAUUUUAGUACUUUGCAAGUGAUAGACAAUAAAUAUUUUUAUGUAAGUCUUAA